AGUUGGUGUGAUGGGGAGUUGCUAGCAGCAAUAAGGAAACACUCCUUUAAUGGCAGAGACACAGCAGCCCAGUGACACCUGGCUUCAUCACACUACAAAGCAAAACCACACCAAACCCAGUCAAGCAAGCCUAACCCCAUGGUCCAAUCCAGCCUCAUACUCUACAAAAUACUACAAAACCCCCAUACUCCCUCCCCUCAUGUACCUCCAUUAUAUGCCAUAGGCCUACAGAUGAGUUACCAACACAACACCCCUGCAGGGGGAAAAAAAACUUUGUGCACAAUCCAGAAAGACUGGUCGUGUGCAAACUGUGCGUUUGAGGAUGUAGUCAAAUCGUGUGUACUGAGAAGUUCACAAGGUCCUAUUGAGAGCUUGAUUAUUAUGAUGACCCAUAUGUAGGCCUACAUACAGCAGACCGCGGGACAGGCUGACAUCUUGUGAGAGAAAGGUGUAGUUGCAUCCCUCUCCGUAAGGGACCAAAGCCAUCCUUUGAAACGUGUAGUUGUUUCGUUUAAAUGUUUCAUUCAGUUCAGGAAUAGCGAAGGAUGCACCUGUUGAAAAUGCACCUAGAACUAACUGUCGAAACCCGGUACAGUUCAAAUACUUUGAGGCUUCUCCUCUAAAUUACUUUCAACAUUUACUGCUUCAAAUGGCAUUUCCAUCACCAUCGUCUUCAAACAUGACUAAUUUAACAACCUUUGCACACGCCCCCAACCUCCUCUGAUCCAAUCGAUUUUUACCUAAGGUCACGGGAUUUCACCGUGGACCACUGAUGACUAGAAAUCAGAUUCGGUAAUUGUUGCUACUUUUUCGAGACCUAGGAUAAUGGAGGAGCAUUCAAGUCAGGUGUUGAACCCGGAGCGACUGAAGGCGCUGGAGAUGUGGCUGCAGGAGACUGACGUCAAACUGACACAGGUCAAUGGCCAGAGGAAAUAUGGAGGUCCACCUGAUGACUGGCUUGGCGCCCCCCCUGGACCGGGCUGUGAGGUGUUCAUAAGCCAGAUCCCGCGGGAUGUCUUUGAGGACCAGCUGAUUCCGCUGUUCCGUGCCGUGGGCCCCCUCUGGGAGUUCCGCCUCAUGAUGAACUUCAGCGGACAGAACCGUGGCUUUGCCUACGCCAAGUACGACAGCCCUGCCUCGGCCGCUGCCGCCAUCCGCUCGUUGCAUGGCCGUGCCCUGGGGUCAGGGGCACGCCUCAGUGUACGGCGCAGCACUGAGAAGCGUCAGCUCUGUAUUGGGGAGCUGCCCACCAGCACAAGGAGGGAGCAACUGCUGCAGGUGCUGCUGGACUUCUCUGAGGGGGUAGAGGGUGUGUCCCUGAGAGCAGGGCCUGGGGAACAGGGGAUGUCUGCAGUGGUGGUCUAUGCCUCCCACCAUGCAGCUUCCAUGGCCAAGAAGGUGCUGAUUGAAGCCUUUAAGAAACGCUUCGGGCUGGCCAUCACUUUGAAGUGGCAGUCCUCUUCUAGGCCCAAGCACGAAGAGCCUCCCAGACCCUCCAAAACCCCUCCUUCCUCUCCUCCCAAACCUCCCCGCCGCUCCCUCGACAGCCCCCGGCCUCCCCUGCGCCUCGCCCAGCGUCAGCUCCCUGCCUUCUCCCGGGCUGUGAGGGCGCCCUCUCCCAUGGUGCACGCUGCUCCUGAAUCCUCCAGGGGGGCGACCAUGGUGCCUCCUGUGGAUGCAGCAGCCCUGCUCCAGGGUGUGUGUGAGGUGUACGGGCAGGGGAAGCCCCUCUAUGACCUGCAGUACCACAACAUGGGGCCUGAUGGGUUCCUGUGCUUCAGCUACCGGGUGUAUGUGCCGGGGCUGGCCACACCCUUCACUGGGAUGGUGCAGACUCUGCCCGGCCCCACCCCUGGAGCCACACAGGAAGAGGCUCGCAGAGCUACAGCCCAGCAGGUCCUCAGCACUCUGUACAGGGCCUGAUAGUGUUGAAGCACAGAUCCCCCUACUUUGUUUUAAUUAUGAAAAUACUUAAUGUUUUGCACUCUUUUAUAUUUAGUAAGUAGAUGCAUGAUUUUACUUUUAUUUUGAACCACUUUUGCAUGUUUCUGCACCAUUUAAUUGUUUCUCAUUAUAAUAAAAUGAGAUUUGUCAAA